AUGACCGGAGCACACCACAUACUUGAUCCCGACGGGGAUCUAGUUCUUGUCUUCUCAGUCACUAAUCGCCAAACGGUUAUCUUGAACGGCAACAUUGCGCAAGAACCCUCCAAGCAGGUCGCCGCAGCAGAUUCUCAAACAUCUGGGUCUAGCAAUCAGCCGGCGGCGGCAGAACAGAUUGGUCAGCAGGAAACAUCAAAAGACGCCAAUGAAGACCAACAAGUACACGUGAGAGUAUCAUCCAAACAUCUGGCGCUUGCAUCUCCCGUAUUCCGAAGAAUGUUAAGUGGCCCAUGGCAGGAAGCUCAGAAUCUCGCCGCUGGGGACAAUAGUGAGAUUGAAACAGAAUGCUGGAAUGUAGAUGCUAUGCUGAUUCUCAUGAAUAUCAUCCAUGGACGUGGUCCCAAGGUCCCUCGUGAAAUCACUCUGAACACAUUGGCUGAGAUAGCGGUGCUCGUGGAUUAUUACGAGUGUAAUGAAGCUGUGGAUGUGAUGGCCGAAAUAUGGAUGGACAAAUUGCUCAACAGUAUGCCGUCUACAUAUUGCAAAGAUAUUGUCUCCUGGAUCUUCAUCUCUUGGGUCUUUGAACGACGUUCAGCGUUCACCUCAGCAACAAGAAUUGCGGCAACCCAGAGCCAACAGCGGAUCGACCCAGCCGACCUCCCAAUCCCCCAGCGAAUUUUGGAUAAAAUCGAGGAGCUCCGUCGGGAUGGCGUCAAGUCUGCUCUUGACAUGUGUUACAAGUUGAUCACUGACCUACGCGAUGGCCGCAAACAUUGCUCAGAAGUCUGUGACGCUCUCCGUCUGGGUCUUUUGAUCAAGCAGCUUCAUGCUGGUGGUCAACUUCCGCCUCUCCCAGCGGACUCGAUUCCCAACGUCAGCCUUAUGCAACUUACAAUAGAAACAUAUAAGGUCGACCCAAUGUACAGCAAUCCCACGGCGGAACGUCAUGUACAUUCGUGGCAUGGAUGCCGUCUGGACCUCCUCAUUCAGCCAAUUCUUCGGGACGUCCAGAACCGUUUGCAUGGCUUUGAACUCGGCGCAUUCAAGGAUCAAUUGAGAGCUUCGGGUAGCGCUCACUCCACGGUCUCUUCUGCUGAGACCUCUUCUGGUCAGGCAUGUGCUGGUCAGGUCCGUUGGGCCCCUGUCAAAAUCUCCUACGAGUCGAGCGACUCGGAUUUUUAA